AUGGAAGGCGGUGAUAUUUUUAUACAAGAUUUUAUAAACGAUCUUCAGGAAUUUCCUGAGAGCCAAAUUCAAAAAUGUUUUCGUGGUUCUGGUAUUCUGAUUACUGGUGGAACGGGUUUUGUCGGAAAAGUCUUAAUUGAAAAACUUUUAAGGUCAUGCCGUGAUUUAAAUACAAUUUAUUUGGUUGUGAGGCAAUUGAAUGGUAAAAAUCCUAAUGAAAGGGUCAAAGAAAUGUUUUCCAGUCCGUUUUUCGACCGCAUGAAAAUGGAAAAUCCAACGUACCGUAGCCAAGUACAAGUGGUGAGGGGCGACUGUUUUCAGCCGAACAUUGGCAUAGACGAAGUUGAUUUGAGAAGGAUUGAGUCCAAAAUAAAUGCUAUCAUACACCUAGCGACGGCAAAUACGUCCGAUAAUCACCCCUACUGCAUGUUGCACAUGGCUAUCUGCACCAACGUCCGAGCCACCAGAGACUUGAUUCUCCUAACGAAGCGUUUUCAAAAUCUCAAGGCAUUUGUUUACAUGUCGUCCCUGUUCACCAACCCUUCGAUUUUGGACGUAUAUGAACAAUUUUACAAUUUUCCGAUACCUGCGUCCACCGUCAUCCAUAUGGUUGAAGCCUUUCCCGAUUACAUCCUGAACCGAGUAACUUCGGGGCUUGUAUCCGAAUGGCCAGAUGUGGUUACGUUUACCAAAGCGUUAUCAGAGCAGAUAAUUCAAUCAGCCGGACCAGAACUACCCGCGUGUAUCAUUCGACCAGGAUUUGUCUUGGGCACGGCUAAUGAACCGAUAGCUGGUUGGAUGAACGAUUUGAACAAUUUGACCGGUUGUGCGCUAGGUUCUGGUCUCGGCCUGGUACGGGUUUUUCACGGACCUAGUAGCGUUAACGCUGAAAUCGUACCCGUUGACAUGCUGGUUAAUCUUCUUCUGGUGGCAUGCUGGGAGUUAAUUGGUAAUAGGACGGACGUCGUCAACGAGGAAGUACCCAAAGACACAGUUAACACUUUGAUUUAUAAUUAUGCUUCGUCUAAUUUUAAACCAUGCUCUUGGAAUCAGUUGGGAGAAAAGUUUUUUAAAAACGAAAAAAACGUUUCAUCGCCAAACUUUUUUUGGAUGCCGUUUUAUUAUGUUACUAAUAGCAUAUUUAUUUAUUGGUUAAUGACGUUUUAUUUACACACUGUUCCGGCCAAAGUUGUGGAUUUGUUCAUCUGGCUUAUAGGAAAAGAACCCAGACUGAAUGAGUUUUAUAAACGAGUGCAUACAGCAGCUAGAAAUUUGAGUUCGUAUCAACAAAUGCACGUAAGAUACCAUAAUCACAACGUCAAAAACUUAAUGAACAAAUUAUCAUCGAGAGACAAAAUGUUGUUUGACUUCGAUAUGAGCACACUGUCGUGGGAUGACUAUUUUCAUAAGUAUUUGAAGGGCCUUCGGGUAUAUUUAAUGGGAAAUCCCUUGCAUAUGCCGGGAACAAAUAAUAAUACACUGAACAGGUUGAUUACAAUUCAUUACAAUUUUAUAAUUUCUAUAAGUGUACUUAUUGUGAUGUAUACAAUAUAUUUUUAUUAUUAAAUAAAUGUAUAUAUAUUUUACGUAUGAUAUGUAUGGAUGAAAUAUUUCUAAAAUAAUCAAAAAAUUAAUUAUAACAUAAACGCAUUUUAACCGUCUCUCUAUUGUACGCGUACCUAUCUAAAUUAU